UAUGAGCCGUUCGUGUAAGAUUAGGGUUUAUUUUUACAUCCCUCCUGUUUGGUGUUUGCAAUGAUCUCAGGAUCCGAUCAAGGAAUGCAAAAUCUCAGAUCUUACUGCCUUGUAUCGUUCUCCACUUCAAUUAAUCCAAUGCCCUGUUGAUCCGACUUAAUUACCGAACCCGGUGAUAGCGAGCAAGGGAACCGCGGGAGAAGGCGAAGGGCUCAGGCACUGUAACUACUCCGGGCGUCGGGUAUUCUCUCAUCCUUCCGUUCAUCGAAUUUUUGCCGCGCCGGGAGGUUUGCUUUGUGUCGAUGCUGAUGCCAUCAGACUCUGGAGAUGAGUCACCCACUGUUAAAAAGGAGUUUCGUAGUUCAUCCCGGCUACUACUGAGGAGUCAAAAGAAGGAACCAGAUCAAAUGACUAUUGAUGCCGAGGAUAGCAAUGUACAAAUCAAUAGAACUUCUGCAAACCAAUUGGUUGUUUUUAAAUCUGGUUCAAGCACUGGUGAGGAUUUGAAUCCUGGUUCCAAUCACGUUGUGGAUCAUCUUGUACCAUUGAACUCUGCAACACCAAAUCCUUCUAGUCGUGCUCUUCCAUCCGUGGGGGCAUUUACCGUUCAAUGUGCAUCAUGCUUUAAGUGGAGGCUUAUUCCAACGAAAGAGAAAUAUGAGCAGAUACGUGAAAGUAUUUUACAAGUACCUUUUGUAUGUGAAAGGGCUCGUGAAUGGCGACCUGAUAUAUCCUGUGAAGAUCCGCCAGACAUUUUGCAAGAUGGAAGUAGGCUUUGGGCCAUUGAUAAACCUAACAUUGCUCAACCACCUCCUGGUUGGGAUAGACAACUUAGAAUCCGAGGUGAAGGAGGCACGAGAUUUGCAGACGUGUAAGUUUUUUUUACUGCUUG